UUAAAGCUUUUGACGCCUGUACUGAACUGUAGUAAGCAAUAAUUGAACCGUUAGAUUUGUAGAAAGAAUAGGCGGGAAUUGAUGAGUCACGUAAAAAAGAGAAAGCAAUAGACAGUGACGUAGCAAGAGAGGUAGUGAGCUCGCGGAUCGAUGGAGAGGCGGGCAACCAGAGGCUUGACGGCGACAAGAUUGGGUCCCCGUGCCCGCCAGGAGGAUGAUAAGCGCUCAUGUCUUUUUCUGCUGCCCGGCCGAAACAGAAAGAGACGAGACCGGAGAGCCCCUUCUUCCUGUUUCGGUCUUCGGACAAGUCUCGCGUUCCGGAAGGCACGCGCGGUCAGAUCUACAAAGAAGAAAAGAUGAUUCAAGAACUUCUAGGUGGUGCUGGUCUUAUUGGAGGAGAGAGGAAAAUUUCCAUUAAUGGAACCAUUUUAGAAGCAACACCUUCUCCUUCUCCUUCAUUAUCUUCUCCUUCUUCUUCUUCAACCGCAACAGCUACUACUACUGCAACUGCUGCUGCUAAUUCAACUUCUUCAACUCCAGAGAACCUCAGAUGCCCUAGAUGUGAUUCUUCAAACACUAAGUUCUGCUACUAUAAUAACUACAACCUCACUCAACCUCGCCACUUCUGCAAAACUUGUCGCAGAUAUUGGACUAAAGGUGGUGCUCUUAGAAAUGUUCCCAUUGGAGGCGGAUGCAGAAAAAACAAGAGCACAGCUGUAUCUACAUCAGUUGGAAAAUCAAGUGCUAGUAUGAUGAAAACAGUUGCAUCUGAGAUUGGAAGAUCAAGCUUUGGUAAUGGAUUUGAUCAUGAACUUCCAUCCAGCCCAAUCAUGUGGGCUUCACCUCAGAAUUCGCAUAUUCUAUCUUUACUGAGAGCUACUCAUAACCCUAACCCUAACUCCAGUACACUGCCCAAUUCUCUUUCUGUGAAGGAAGAAGGGUGUUUGAUUGGAACCCACAUGAUAACUGAGCCAAGUGCUGCAAAUGGUGCACUAACUGCUCGUACUAUUUGCUUAGACCCUCUUAGCCAAGUCCCUUCUCUGGGUCUUUGCACUCCUUUUUGGAAAAACAGUCAACACCAAGCUCAACAGCACCAACAAUCUGCUGGCUUCAUUGUUGGUCAUGAAGCUCAAAACUCAGGGAUACAAGAACUGUAUCAAAGACUCAGAGCUUCAACUAAUUUCUAUACCGACAACUCACCUGUAGUUCUAAGCAAUGUGGCUUCUUCAUCAACUGCAGCUUCAACCAUUUUGGAGUCUUCUCCUGUUGCUGGAGGUGAAUUGGGUUACUGGAAUCCAACGUUUUCAUGGUCUGAUCUUCCAACAACUAACGGUGCAUGUCCUUAAGAACCCUUUCUUUAUAUCAUUUUCUUUUGUUUUUGUCUGCUUCUUAGAUUUCCUUCAUAUGCUAGGGUGGUUGUGAUAUAUGGAUAUGGUCGUAGAAUCAGUUUCUUUUCUUUUCUUUUCUUUUCAUUUCUCAAUUAUGUAUGUGUGCUUUGUGUGUUUAACUUGUGACAAUGUACCAAGGACCAAGAACUGGUAGAAAUGGAAAAUAUUAUUAGCUA